UGAGCGGACUUUGACCACAUCGAUAAGCUCUGUUCUCUUCGAGUGGAUAUCUACGUCUUCACUUCUCUACCCCUAGAACUCACCCGCGAAAUCAUCAUUCACAAUGGCAGCCAAAGCUUUGCCUACUCACCUCAGAGCUCCCGCCAACGAGGCCUCCGGCGAUGGCUCGUUCGGAAAGCACCACGCAAAAUCCCAGUCUCACAUGGCCUUCGAGAAUGCCUCCACCAGUGUCGCUGCUUCUCAGAUGCGUAAUGCUCUGAACGCCCUCGCCGAGACCGUUCCCGACCCCGAAGAGAAGAAGCGCUUCGAGGCCGAGAUGGACAACUUCUUCGCUCUCUUCCGCAGAUUCCUCAACGACAAGGCCAAGGGCAAUGUCGUCAACUGGGACCGCAUCAACCCUCCUGCGCCCAACCAGGUCGUCGACUACAAGGACCUGGGCGCCGAGGCCUCGGUGGAGUUCCUGAACAAGCUGGCCGUCGUCAAGCUCAACGGUGGUCUCGGUACCUCCAUGGGUUGCGUUGGCCCCAAGUCCGUCAUUGAAGUCCGUGAGGGCAUGUCCUUCUUGGAUUUGUCCGUUCGUCAGAUUGAACACCUGAACCGCACCUACAACGUCAACGUGCCCUUCGUUCUGAUGAACUCGUUCAACACCGAUCAGGACACCCAGUCAAUCAUCAAGAAGUACCAAGGCCACAACGUCGACAUCAUCACCUUCAACCAGUCCCGCUACCCUCGUAUCAUCAAGGACUCUCUCCUCCCUGCCCCCAAGAGCUUUGACGCUCCUCUGCAGGACUGGUACCCUCCCGGUCACGGUGACGUUUUCGAGUCGCUUUACAACUCGGGCACUCUGGACAAGCUGCUCGAGCGUGGUGUCGAGUACAUCUUCCUCUCCAAUGCCGACAACCUCGGUGCCGUUGUGGAUCUCCGCAUCCUGCAGCACAUGGCUGACACCGGUGCCGAGUACAUCAUGGAGUUGACCGACAAGACCAAGGCCGACGUCAAGGGUGGUACCAUCAUUGACUACGAGGGCAAGGCCCGCCUGCUCGAAAUCGCCCAGGUGCCCAAGGAGCACGUCAACGAGUUCAAGUCCAUCAAGAAGUUCAAGUACUUCAACACCAACAACAUCUGGAUGAACCUCCGCGCCAUCAAGCGUGUUGUUGAGGAGAACGAGUUGGAGAUGGAGAUCAUUGCCAACGAGAAGUCCAUCCCCGCCGACAAGAAGGGCGAGGCCGACCAGGCCAUCUACCAGCUGGAGACCGCCGUCGGUGCGGCCAUCCGCCACUUCAAGAACGCUCACGGUGUCAACGUUCCCCGUCGCCGUUUCCUGCCCGUUAAGACUUGCUCCGAUCUCUUGCUGGUCAAGUCGGAUCUCUACCGUCUCGAGCACGGUCAGCUCGUCAUGGACCCCAACCGCUUCGGCGGUGUCCCCGUCAUCAAGCUUGGAUCGGACUUCAAGAAGGUGUCGGAUUUCCAGAAGCGCAUCCCCAGUAUUCCUCGCAUCGUCGAGCUGGACCACCUUACAAUUACCGGUGCUGUCAACCUUGGCCGCAAUGUCACCCUCAAGGGAACCGUCAUCAUCGUCGCCACCGAGGGCAGCACGAUCGACAUUCCCCCUGGCUCGGUGCUGGAGAACUGUGUUGUCCAGGGCAGCUUGAGAAUCCUGGAGCACUAAACGAAACGAGUUUCAUUGCAUCUCUUCUACCCUUGGUCAUUUUUUAAUUCGCCUCGCAUGUCCGGUUGCCGCCAUCGUGGUGAGGGGAGUUGCGUCGGGCAGCGUGGGUUAAUAGAACUGUGUUAGAGGCGGGUUGACUUCCUCCGGGUAUUUUGGGUGGUUCGUCGAGAUGUCUGGUUGACUGAAAUUGCCAGGAAAGCACAUUUGUGCCUACGCAUACGCAUGGUUCUUGUGGGUGUGUGCAAAACUUAUUUGGCAGUGCAGCAAUUCGUCGGUGUUCUUCUCUUCUUACUGUUAUUUAAUUGUGUCGCUUGUGAAGCCACUCCUGGUUGAAUGGAGUUUCUGAGCGAGGGUGAUUCAUUGAGUACUAUCUCUUACUGGUGUCGUCCGCUAGCUGGACAUCAUAAUGGCAAUCAAAGACUUGCACAUUCCGUGGUUAGAUGUAGUUUC